ACAGCGCUCCGAUUCACGACCCUAUAAUUAUUAUUACGAAUACUCUGCACAUUUCUCUGCCGUUUACUUAUUUUGAUCAAAUCCCUGGAAUCCGGAGUCAUUUUGCACCGAUUUGUAAAGGUCACACGGGCUGUGGCGAACAGCGAAUAAUCCUUAAAAAUUAUAUAUAUUUUAUUUGUUAUUAUUAACCAUGCUGCGGCCGUCGGUUAAGCGGCCGCUCGCCGCGGGAUUCUUCCUCACCGCCGCCCUCCUCCUGGAUGUCGCCAGCGUCCUGGAGGGCGCCACCAGCAACACCAACGCCACCCAGCCCAACCGCAACACCCAACCGCAUCAGGUGCCCGGCAACCGCCCGCCGGGCGGCGGCCAGCAGUUCGCCACCAACCCACCCUUCGGCCAGCGGCCGCCCGGCUUCGGACCGGGUCAAGGGCAAUACGGACAGGGUCAAGGUCAGUUCGGUCAAGGUCAAGGUCAAGGCCAGUAUGUACAGGGAAACAGGCCCCCGCAGGGGCCACAGGGGCCGCAGGGGGGGUUCGGGCAGCCGCAGCGGCCGCAGCAGAUUUUCGGAUUCGGACAGGGCCAGGGCUUCGGACAAGGACAAAGUGGAUUCGGACAAGGCCAGACGGGAUUCGGACACGCCGGCGGGCAGCAGUACCAGCAGGGCGGCGGCCAGUAUAGUCGACCCACCCAGAACCAGGCUACCGCUAGCCAAGGUCGGCCGCCGCAGAACCAAGCCCCGUACCAGUUCACCCGGCCCACUCAAAUCUUCCCGGGCCAGAGCGCCGCCCAGCAGCGUCCGCGGCCGCCGACCCGGCCGACCACCAUCCAACGGCAGUUCGGCUACGGCGACGGCGACGAGGAAUGGGGCCCGCCGCCCGCCUACGACGGCUGGCCGCUGGCCGACCUGGAAUGGGGCUACUACGCCCCCGGCCACGCCUACGCCCCCGACCCCCACGGUGCCGCCUUCCGGUGAGCGGGCGGAAUUAAACUGGAUUCUUCCGCAAAUUAAACUGGAGUUUUCUUGAAUUUUGUCAACGGAUAUGUGGCAGAUUAACCGAGUGACCUUUUGCGUGUUUGUUAACAACAUAUUGUUCAUUGUUGAUGGAAUGUUGUUAGGAACGUGUCGUGAAUAAAUGAAACAGAAUAAGUA